AAAUGCAGUGCGAUGUGCCCCCACCAUCACCCAUGCAUGUGCACUCACACGCCACAAUAUAUACACACAGCAUAUAUGCCUCCACCUACACUUGCAACCAGUAACCAUAUACAUACACACUAUACGUCUCUCAGCACACAGCUAGCAUUAGCAAUAGCAACGCAGCAGUCUAGGAGACUAGGGGCGGCUCUCUAGCUCUAGCUAACCAGGGGGUGCCAGUGCCAGGAAGAAGAGCUCGGGGGAAAAUGGCGCAGCUGCCACCGAGGGCGCCGAGCGCCGCGGCGCAGGACCCCUGGUCGGCGGCGGGCGAUUUCCUCGGGUUCGCCGCGGCCAGGCGCGGCGCGCACCGCCGCUCGGCCAGCGACUCGGCCGCGUUCCUCGAGGCCGUGCCCAUGGACGACGUCAUCGGCGGCGGCGGCGGCGGCGACGACUUCGACCGCCUCGACGACGAGCAGUUCAUGUCCAUGUUCUCCGACGUCGACGCGCCGGCCGUCUCCGACGGCGCCGGCGGCGCAGGCGGGGAGAGGGCCGGGGACGCGCAUCUGAUGGACAUGGGGGACGCGGAGGACGGAAUGGCGGCCUCGUCGCCGGCCGGCGCGCGCGCGGCCGCGGACGGCGUCGCUGACCCCAAGCGGGUCAAGAGGAUAUUGGCAAACAGGCAGUCAGCUCAGAGGUCACGAGUUAGGAAGCUGCAGUACAUCUCCGAGCUUGAACGCAGUGUAACCAGUCUCCAGAUGGAGGUGUCAGCACUGUCCCCACGCGUGGCCUUCCUCGAUCACCAGCGGUCGCUUCUCACCGUCGGCAACAGCCAUCUCAGGCAAAGAAUUGCGGCGCUCGCCCAAGACAAGAUCUUCAAAGAUGCUCAUCAAGAGGCACUGAAGAAGGAGAUCGAGCGGCUACGCCAACUGUUCCAGCAGCAGCAGAUCAAGGCCACCACCGGAGGCGCCGACAUCGCUACUGCCGCCUCGAUUCAGGCCAGGCAAGAGCUGCUCGCGUGCGAGGGCGCUGCCAUCCGAUAGCGGAGGUGAUCGUCGAUCGGUGCAACACGUGCCAACUUGCAUUGUGCUGGUUUUUUUGGGGGGCAGUUCAUCAUGUGGAAAGACACACCUGUUAGUAGUUCAAAAAUCUGUGCAGUCUGAUAUGUUGGGUUUGUUUGUUACUUCUUGAUUUGUAUGUGAUGUAAUUUGCUUAUCCUAGCUAAAAAUUGGGCUGGGAUGGGGGAAUCUUUGUGAAUGUAUUGUUUGAACGGCCUCACAUUUGUGUUGGUAAAGAUUUUCCAAGGUGAUUUGUUUCUUCA